AUGUAUACUGAUAUGAUGCAGUGGCCAAUUCUUCCUGCGAUAUCGGAAGAUGUUCGUGUGUUGUCAUUCGAGUCUAAACGCGAUGCUCUUGAGGUUAAAUGGUCUGACGAGCACCUGGGUAUCUAUCCAUGGAAAUGGCUUGGUCCACAUAAGCAGAACCGCAAUGGAAAAGACCAGGGAAAUGCUAUUAGAGCCCGUGCUACGGUUUCGCCUGCAGCGGCAGACCCUAAGUGCAGCCCACCACCUGUCAGUCAUGUCAAGGGCACUUUUGGGAGUAUUCUGACACGUAAAAAAGGUCCUUUGUUCCUACCUCUCUCGCCAAGAAAGAAUAUCCAACAGUCUCGUAUGAAGGCAUCAUGUCUGAUGAGUCUCACCUUCGACAAUGGAUGGAGUAUUGUGCUGACCUCUUUGAAGUGGGAGAAAGGAUAUUGUUUUGUAUCAGGUGUCCCUGUUACUCCGGAAGCGACUCAGGGUCUCAUCGAGCGGAUUGCGUUUAUCAGACACACUCAUUAUGGCGGGUUCUGGGACUUCACAGCCGACUUGACUUUCAAGGACACUGCUUACACCAAUGAAUUCUUGGGUGCCCAUACAGAUAACACAUAUUUCACAGACCCAGCAAGACUUCAGUUAUUCCACCUUCUAUCCCAUACCGAAGGGGAAGGGGGCGGCAGCCUUCUCGUUGACGGAUUCGAAGCAGCGGAUAUAUUACGCACGGAAAAUCCUUCGUACUAUGAAGCAUUGAUCAAGUAUAGACAUCCGUGGCACACCAGUGGAAACGAAGACACGUGUAUCCAGCCAUCUGCGCAGGCCCCGGUUUUCUCUCUUCAUCCCGACCUGAACCAGAUGUAUCAGAUUCGUUGGAACAACUAUGAUCGGGCGCCUAAAGUCGACUGGUCGGCGGAGGAGCAGCAGGAAUGGUACAGCGCGGCACGUCGAUAUAAUGAGAUUCUUCAAACCAGAGAGAUCUGGACGCAGCUUGAACCUGGAACGGCAUUGAUGUUCGAUAACUGGAGAAUGAUGCAUGGUCGCUCCCAAUUUACUGGAAAGAGGCGAAUGUGCGGGGGUUAUGUCAACAACGACGAUUUCAUUUCUCGACUUCGAUUGCUCAAAUAUGGCCGUGAAGCUGUGUUGAACAACCUUGGCAAUGUCCCUACAGGCGAUGAUCCUGAGAACCCGAAUAGCAUUGUAUAG